AUGCUCCCAUAUUUAAGGGUUGAAAAACUGAAAGAGGAAGAAACUACCAGUUUUGAUUAUUCCUAUAGCCUGGAUAUUUCAAUGCCGUGUGACAAGAAUGAAGUCCGAAACUUCACAAAAAUGUUUCUUCCUGUUACCUACUCACUGAUAUGUGUGUUUGGCCUUGUGGGUAAUAUAUUUGUAGUGAUUACAUUUUCUUUAUACAAGAAGACUGAAUCUAUGACUGACUUAUAUCUAUGCAAUAUGGCAAUUGUAGACAUAUUGUUUGUUCUUACUCUCCCUUUCUGGGCAGUAAAUUAUGCUAUGAACAACUGGAUCUUUGGUGAUUUCAUGUGCAAGCUCAUCAAAGGUAUCUAUGCACAUAACUUUGUUUGCGGCAUGUUGCUCCUGGCUUGUAUAAGCAUGGACCGAUACAUUUCCAUUGUGCAAGCGACCAGAUCAUUUAAGUUUCGAUCAAGGACUCUAGCCUACAGGAAAGUGAUCUGUUUGACUGUGUGGGUAGCAUCCAUUUUAAUUUCCUGCCCUACUUUCAUAUUUAGUGGAAGCUAUGCACCAUCAACCAAUGUGUCAGAGAACAUUUGUGAACACAAAUCCAGCACAGAAUUCGAUGUCACAUUGAAAUUGUUGAUAAUCACCAUCCAGCUUUUAUUUGGGUUUUUCAUCCCCAUGCUGUUUAUGGUUUUUUGUUAUACCUUCAUUGUCAAAACGCUAGUACAGGCUCACAACUCGAAAAGAAGCAAAGCCAUUCGUGUGGUAGUCUCGAUUGUGACUGUUUUCCUAAUAUGCCAAGUUCCCUAUAACAUGGUUCUCCUCAUGAAAGCUGCAUCGAUGAAAACAUUGGAUAAGGACUGCCAGGGUGACAAGCAAAUGACCUAUGCAAAAUACAUAACAGAAACUUUUGCCUUCCUCCAUUGUUGUAUGAACCCUGUGCUUUAUGCAUUUAUUGGGGUUAAAUUUAGAAAUUACUUUGUGAAAAUAAUGGCUGGCCUGUGCUGUGUGAGAUACAAGAAUUGUAGAAACUCUCAUGGUUCAAGGGUAAGUUCAGAUACUGCCCAUUCAAGGCAGACCAGUGAAGCUUAUGAUUAACUGAGACAAGCUGCUGCAUGUACACUGUCAUUGCUGUCCAUAUUCUAAAUAGAGAAGUUGAUCUUCUGUUUUUCAUUCACAUUAUAUGCUGCUUAUAGAAAUUUCAGCUACAACAAAUUCUAUUGCUUCACAAUAGGCCUAUAUUUCCAGAUAUCUGAAUGGAAGGAGAAAAGAAAUAAACUUUUAAAGACAAAACAUCAUUCUCACCACUUGAGGGAGCAUUUCUUCUAAAUAAGUGCUAUAUGUAUUCUCUCUUUGGACUAAGCUGCUACUGUUCAGGAAAAGGAACCAAUACAAUAAGGACAAUAGUCUUGUUCCAGCUCUCUCUAUGGAUACUAAAAU